AUGCAGCAAUCACCGUUUGAAAAUAUUUUUAAUAUUAUUGGUGGCCUAUCAGAGGGUAAUGAGAAACCUAUGAAACAUGGUUUCUACAACGCUUUCGCCCUUUUCAUCCUAACGAUUUGUUGCACAGCUGUUUAUGUACUAUUUCUUAUUUUGGAACCUUUUUUUAAACCAUUGUUUUGGGCUCUAUUAGUGGGUUCUUUAUUACAUCCAUUUAAAUACAAAUUAUCGAAAAAAAUUAAGACAUGGUUCGAAGAACUGGAGAAAUCGAAUUCAUCUGUGAUAUAUGGUUUAAUGGUGAUACCGGUGGAUGUUAUAAAUUAUGCUUCUGAUACUGUUGGUUAUCAAUUCAGAGAUCAUUAUAAGACUGUCAUAGGGCUUCUGUCAGCUAUAUUUAUUCUACCAUGGUUGUACAAUGGAAUACCUCGCAGUUUCAGCUGCAUAUUCUGGCAAUUGGUUAGCUUCAUAAGCUUCUCAACAACACUACUUAUCAAGUUAUGCAGUUCAUAUAUUACGAUGACAUUUGCUUUGGCAUAUAUGAUCAGCAUAUAUUUCCUUUGGAGUCCGUCUAGAUCGGGAGUAUUCAAAGUUACAUCACAUAUUCUCUGGCUCAUCAUUGCUAGUUUCCUGGCAAACUUGGCUGGCUCUUUUAAAGUUUAUGUAUUUGUCCUGUUACAAGCUAUUGGUAUAACCGGCUUUGUAUUGGAAGUCCUUCACAUUCAUAAGCAUUUGUCACUAAAAGAUCCUGAAGUAUCAGUGUUUACUGCGUUGCAACAUGCUUUAAGCAACAAACCGCUAGAAAACACUGUCCUUGAAAAGAUUGAUGAGAAUCCCGAAGAAUCCAGCCCCGAGGAGAGCAAUGACAAGGAAACGACGCCUGACACAUCGCCAGUGACCCCAGAGGUCACAAAAAGGGGGAGCUGGUCAGAAAAUGACCCAAUCAGAAGCUCCAGACAGGCCAAAAUGCUUUUUAAAACAAGAACCCUCUCGGCACUUCCAUUACCAAACGUUAAAACGAAAUCUGCCUUCGAAAAUCGACUUCUAGCCUCAUUCAAACAGAGGUCCUUGGAUGAGAAUUAUAUACGAAAUAAUUUCAAUGAUGAUGAAACCGCAUUGUACUUCAAACUUCUAUUUUUUGGUUGCUUUUGUAUGUUGAUAUGGAAAUACAUAUGGUUACUGCCAGUUAUGCUGUUCUUUCUAGCCAUCCACAUUAUAAAGAUAUCGCUCAACUUCUUUGGAGUGUGGUUGUUCUUUGAGAAUCAAUGCAAUAAUAUAACAGCUAAAAUUGGUGGAUGGUGGAAUGACAGAAAAUCUGCUGUCAUCCCGGCACAGAUUCGAGGUAUUGGGAAGAUGCUGUCUUUAUGCAAUAAGAGUGUUAUCGAAAUGGCAUAUGAAUCAAUCGAUACAGUGUCCACAUGUAUUGUUAUAAUUGGACUUAUACUAUUUGUUGCUGUUGCUACAAUAUUUAUCUGUAUACAGAUAUAUUCUGAAGCGAUAGUGGUAGUACAAUUAAGUGGAAGCCUAUUAAACAGUACAUUUGUGCAAAAUAGUGAGCUCCACGCUUAUUUGCCUGAAGGCUGGGAAGAAAAACUAGACUCACUUAUAGAUAAUGCAUAUACAUAUGGCAGAGAAGGAAUAUCUACUGGGAUAAUGAGAUAUGUGAAGAGCAUUCUAAAGGAAGGUGAUCCAGAGAAAAUAGCUCGGGUGGAGCAACAGGUUCUUGAGAUAUGGGACCGCGUGUAUCAAAGUUGGGUGUCGGGGAUGUUCGCUCAGAGUGGACCUCAAGUUGACGGCUCAGCAGUACAAGAAUCAUGGGAUAACUUUGUACUAGAAGCAGGAACCACUGGAGGUAUUCAACAUAUAAUCUUAAAACAUUCAAAUGAAACUAAUAUAUUGCGGAUAUACUACGCGACUUUAUAUGAGACGAAACCUCUCAGCAUUCAAUGGAUUCUUUGCGGGUGUGUGUUGGACUAUACGGGUCUUGUGUCGUGGGUGAAAGCCAAUGUGGGUACAUUGAGUGCGAUCCUGUCCGGAGUUUGGGCGCCCCUGGCUAGUAACGUCUCACUAUUGGCUGGUUCUCUCGGUGCCUUCACGUCCCUACUACUUUGUGGUGGGGGCGCAAUCAUCAAUAUGUUUAUUAAUAUGGUUGUGUUCUUCACGACUCUAUUCUAUCUCCUGGCAUCAAGCAAUGCUCUCUACAAGCCGGUUGAAGUAAUAACACGUGUUCAACCAAACUUCGGACCCAGGCUGGGAAUAGCGCUCUCUGUGGCUAUAAACCAGGUAUUUCGUGCUUCCUUCAAGAUGGCGUUGUUUUACGGUCUCUGGACGUGGCUGGUUCACAACUUGUUUGGAGCUAAAGUUGUUUACUUGCCUUCAGUUCUAGCAGCAGUGUUAGGCGCAGCUCCAUUCUUAGGGCCAUACUUGGCUGGUAUCCCCGCAGCAUUGGAUGUCUGGCUCCAAGGUAGACCGAUGGCAGCCCUCCUGUUACCAAUCGUACAAGCGGCUCCCAUAGCCUUUUUGGAUGCUGCAGUUUACGCGGAAAUUAAAGACGGCGGUCACCCAUACGUGACGGGUCUAGCGAUAGCCGGUGGUAUAUUCUACUUAGGGCCAGAGGGAGCAAUUCUUGGUCCAUUGCUGCUAUGUUGCCUGAUGGUGGUGUUCAAUCUAUCCUCGACCUUCCUCAGAGACACUCCCUCAGAAGAAAGAGCCGCUUUACAUUCACGUGUCAGAUAUUUUGUUUUACUGAAGUAA